UCAGUUAAUCCACUUGUUGAGGAGACGAGGAGGACGAGGGGGGGAAAAAAACCUUUAAGCUUCACCAGAAGUCGCAACAAUGUCGGAAACCGGCGGAUAAAAAAGAAGCAGCAGUUAGUAAAACAAAACCCGGCGGCUGAGCACCAUGUUCGGUUUCAGAGAAGCCGGUGUCCUCGGCGCCUCCGUGGCUCUUGCGGGGGGACUCGCCUAUCUUAUCUGGAACUACGCGUCUUCCCGGGAGAAUAAACCUGAACAAGACGGUAAAAGUGCCGGAGAAGGGAAGGAAGAGACGGGAGGAGAGGAAGCUGAACAAACUAUUGUGGUCACUGCUGCUGCGACGGUUGGCGCUGCUCAACCUCAGGAAGCACCAGAGUCUAGGCCUGCUGAGUCAUCAGGAACACAGGUGCUGGUUCUGGGUCUUGAUGGAGCAGGUAAGACCAGCCUGCUGCACUGUUUGGCCACCAGCAGCCUCGAGCUGGACUUGCAGCCUACGCAGGGCUUGAACGCCCUCUCCAUCAACCGAGAGGAUCUGCAGAUCGAGUUCCUAGAAAUUGGAGGUAAAGAGGAGCUCCGGCCAUACUGGAAGAAGUACAUGCCCAGGGCUCUUGUGCUGGUGUUCGUGGUCGACUCCUCAAGCCCACAGCUCUUCCCCCUCGCUAAGAUGCUUUUGCAUGAGCUGCUGGCCUCUGACCCCCACCUGCCUUUAAUGGUACUGGCCAACAAACAGGACCUUCCAGGAGCUUGCAGCAUUACUGACCUCCACGACGCUCUGUCUCUGUCCGAGGUCGGAGACCGCAGGUUGUUCCUCAUCAGCACCCAUGUGAAGCAGGGAGAGGCAGAGCUCAGCUCAGGUGUUCAGGAUGCUCAAGACCUGAUCAUCCAAAUGGUUUGUGACAGUAGAUAAAACGCUCACGGUCAAGUUGGUGGCUGUCACGUAGUCCUGUGUAUUUUUGAUCAAACUGAAUCCGUUCUUUGCACCUUUUCACUAAACAGUUUCACUACAACAGGUUGGCUGAAACUCUAAUUUAUUUAUGAGAACAUUUAAACUUAUUUGUUGUUGUUUUUUUAUUAGUUUAUCUUCUUCACCAAAGAUUUCUUUUCAUUUCAUCCAAGCCGAUGAUGAGUUUCAUCAAUUGAGCCUUAAAUGUUUCACUUUACAAGGCUGUUUCUGGUUACUUUGUGAUGAUGGUACACGAAGCAGUUCAGGUCCUGCCUUCAGGUUUUAUUGCAGAUAGUCAGAUGGUACAAAACCAGAGUGGAUUUAUUUCAGCCUGAAGAUUCACUCAGGCCAUCUGUGUAGCUGCUGGGAGCAGCUUUAUCACCAGCGAUGAGAUAACACUCUGUUAAGCGUCACACACAGCUUGUUGUGCAGGCAAACAAAAAUGAAAAGCACUGUUGGCUGUAAUGGAGUUUUGUCAUUUAGACUGGAUCAUAAUUUUCUUCAUGUGUCAUGAUCCAAAGAAUAUUUAAUACCUCGACAGGGAGACUUAAAGCUGUACUCGGCAAGGUUUUCAUAAGAAAAUAUAUCCAUCAGAUCAACUCAGAGUAAGUGAGGCUCCCAUCCCUUAUAUGAUUGCUUGGGGUUUAAAUCUUUAUUUCUCAAACAGUGACCUCUUUUUGCCAUUUGGGGCCGCCAACAAGCAAUCUUGACUAAAACAGCUUUAAGAAGAAAGAGGCCUUAAACUUGUGGGACCUGUUGACAAGCUUUCUGAUGUGCCGUUAAUAUUUUAAGUGAUUGAAAUAAGCAGCAUUUCAAUAGGACACCACAACUGUUUAAUGUAUAAAUAAAACAGUUGCCGAAUGAUCCAAUUUAAUAUUGAAUGAUCACCUAGUCACCAAAGCUUAACACUAUACAAUAACUUUCUUACUGCAGAAAUGUUAUUGUUGGAUUACAGCUUUAAAGACAUUGUUACUUUCAUGACACAGGUUUAUUGUUACAAACUUUGAUAAGUGUUUUGUCCUUAUCUUAAAAAGGAAAUUUACAUUAUUUAUCUCUUAAAAAGGAAGUCUUAAAAAGGGAAAAUAAACAAGAUUUAGAUUUUUCCAGAUGUCUUUUGGACAUGUCUUGCUCCUUGUUGUUUUGUCUUAAUAUUCGGAUAAAUCAGUAAAUUUGGUAAAUUCUCUGUCUGUUAACUUCGGGAUGAAGGUGAACUACAUUAUUGACCAAUUUUGAGGAAUGUAAGGUUUCAAAAAGCACAUUAAAAAGAAUUGUCAUCCAAAGUGUCAAUAUCGAAACAUGUCCUACAUUGUACACAGUACAGAUUCUUGCCAGUUUGAUAUAAUAUCAUAUACAGGUUUUUUGUUUGUUUGUUUUCAAACUUAAAUAAACUGUUUCCACUAAA